CGGUUCGUUACGUCACUUGAAGCGCCCUGGCUGCCUGGUAGAUCUGGCAAAGAGAGGAAGAAAACGACAGAAGUACUCUAAAACAGGGCUUUCCCCGCGGUUAUCAGCUCUCAAAGUGAUAACGGUCCGUCUACAACACUAGAUACAGGCACAGCCAUCUCACCAAACCGGACCUAGCUCUUGUGAAAUAAGGAAUAUAACAUGACCAGAUUAAAUGGAUAAAACCAGUCACUCUUCAACACCCAGGAUCAUAUGGUGAAAAUGAAACGUCUCUUGUACAGUACAGUUAAAAUAACCCAAAAUCUAGAUCACUGACUCUUCAAGAUUAACCAAGAUCUACUUCUCAGUCCACAUCGGCCCUCUUUUCUCGUCACGCUUGCCCUUCUCUGGUCAGAGCCACCAUGUACGGUAGUGCCCGAUCCGUGGGUAAAGUGGAGGGCAACCACAGUGGCGGGAGCAAUCAGAGUCCCGGUCGUUCGCCCCGUCUCCCGCGCUCGCCCCGUCUGGGCCACAGCCGCACCAACAGCACAGGGGGCAGCGGAGCCGGAAUAGGAGGUCCAGGGGGUAAAACCCUUUCCAUGGAGAACAUCCAGUCCCUCAACGCUGCCUACGCCACAUCUGGCCCCAUGUACCUGAGCGACAAUGAAGUGGUGGUAUCCGGCCCGGACCUGCCGAAGAGCACCAUGACGCUGGGCCGCUCGGGGGGCCGGGUGCCUUACUCCAUCCGCACGACUAUCAUGGGAUCCAGCCCGAAUAUCGCCACCGGUUCGCCCGGCUCCGCGUCCACCGAUGCCAUUGCUUUCGGAGACCACCAUAUGCCUUCAAACCUGGCGUCCACUGUGCCUCAUUCUCUACGCCAGGCGCGGGACAAUACCAUCAUGGACCUGCAGUCCCAGCUCAAGGAGGUGCUCAGGGAGAACGAGCUCCUGCGGAAGGAGGUCGAUGUGAAGGAGAGCAAACUCAGCUCCUCCAUGAACUCUAUUAAGACCUUCUGGAGCCCCGAGCUGAAAAAGGAGCGGGCGCUGCGCAAGGACGAGGCCUCGAAGAUCGGCGUGUGGAAAGAGCAGUACAGAGUCGUCCAGGAUGAGAACCAGCAUUUCCAGAUGACCAUCCAAGCCCUCCAGGAUGAGCUGCGGAUCCAGAGGGAUCUGAACCAGCUGUUCCAGCAGGACUCCAGCGUUGGUCCCGGCGAGCCCCUGAGCGCUGAGCUGACCGAGGAGAACUUCCAGCGGCUGCACGGCGAGCACGAGCGGCAGGCCAAGGAACUCUUCCUCCUGAGGAAGACUCUGGAGGAGAUGGAGCUGCGCAUCGACACGCAGAAGCAGACGCUCUGCGCCCGAGACGAGUCCAUCAAGAAGCUCCUGGAGAUGCUGCAGAGCAAAGGGCUGUCGGCCAAGGCCAGCGAGGAGGACCACGAGCGCACGCGGAGGCUGGCCGAUGCCGAGAUGCAUAUCCACCACCUGGAAAGCCUUCUGGAGCAGAGGGAGAAGGACACGGUCUUGCUGAGGGAGGAUCUCCAUAGACGGUAUGAGGGAGCUCCAGAGUCUGCCAAAACCAAGGCCUUGCAGACUGUCAUCGAGAUGAAGGACUCUAAGAUCAGUUCUCUGGAGCGCAGUCUGAGGGAUCUGGAGGACGAGAUACAGAUGCUCAAGUCAAACGGUGCUCUCAGCACAGGGGAGAGAGAGGAGGAGAUGAAACAGAUGGAGGUCUACCGCAGUCACUCCAAGUUCAUGAAGAAUAAGAUUGACCAGGUGAAGCAGGAUCUGUCCCGGAAGGACACUGAACUCUUGGGCCUGCAGACUAAAUUGGAGACGCUCACCAAUCAGUUUUCUGACAGCAAACAGCACGUCGAUGUACUCAAAGAGUCUCUCACUGCCAAAGAACAGCGUGCUGCCAUCCUACAGACUGAGGUCGAUGCUCUACGUCUACGUCUGGAAGAGAAGGAGACCACGCUUAAUAAAAAGAGCAAGCAGAUUCAGGAAAUGUCCGAGGAGAAGGGAACGCUCAACGGAGAAAUUCACGACCUCAAAGACAUGCUUGACGUCAAGGAACGCAAGGUCAACGUGCUGCAGAAAAAGAUUGAGAACCUGCAGGAGCAGCUGAAGGAUAAGGAGAAGCAGAUGACCAGUCUAAAGGAGCGCGUCAAAUCCCUGCAGGCCGACACUUCAAACACGGACACGGCCCUCACCACGCUGGAGGAGGCCCUGGCUGAGAAGGAGCGUAUUAUCGAGCGUCUGAAGGAACAGAGGGAUAGAGACGAGAGAGAGAAGAGCGAAGAACUGGAGAGCAACAAGAAAGAGCUGAAAGAGCUGAAGGAGAAAGUCAGUCUACUUCAGGGAGAUCUGUCCGAUCGCGAGGCCUCUGUAUUGGACCUGAAGGAGCACGCCUCGUCCCUGGCCUCCUCUGGACUGAAGAAGGACUCCAAGCUGAAGGGUCUCGAAAUCUCUCUUGAGCAGAAGAAAGAGGAAUGCACCAAACUUGAGAAUCAGCUCAAGAAGGCUCAGUCAGUUGCGGUUGAGGCUCAGGUAAAUGCAGGACUAUCGGAGCGCAUUGCCACACUCGAGCAGGAGGUGGCGCGCUACAAGGAGGAUGCUGGGAAGGCACAGACAGAGGUGGACCGGCUCCUGGAAAUCCUCAGAGAGAUGGAGAAUGAGAAGAAUGACAAGGAUCACAAGAUCAACGAGCUAGAGAGUCUGGCUUCAAGGCAUAUGAAAGACCAAAGCAAGAAGGUUGCCAAUCUGAAGCACAAAGAGCAGGUGGAGAAGAGCAAGAACGCCCAGUUGAUGGAAGAGGCUCGUAAGAGAGAGGAUAACAUCAGCGAGAGUUCUCAACAGGUCCAGGAUUCUCUGCAGCAGAAAGACGACCGCAUCGAGGAGCUGGAAGAGGCCUUGCGUGAGAGUGUACAGAUCACGGCCGAGAGAGAAAUGGUGCUGGCACAAGAGGAAUCUGCUCGUGUAAACGCUGAGAAACAGCGCUCUCAUGACCUAAUGCAUGACUCCGGCCGCGCUGGCUUAAAGUGGCUCAAGAUGGAGGAGCUGUUGGCUGCCAUGGAAAAGGUGAAGCAAGAGUUGGAGUCCAUGAAGGCCAAGCUGUCGUCCACCCAGCAGUCCUUGGCGGAGAAGGAGGCUCACCUGACCACGCUGAGGGCAGAGCGCAGAAAGCACCUGGAGGAGGUGCUGGAAAUGAAGCAGGAGGCGCUGUUGGCAGCCAUCAGCGAGAAGGACGCCAACAUUGCUCUUCUAGAGCUGUCGUCCUCGAAGAAGAAGAAGACUCAAGAUGAAGUGGCUUUGCUGAAGAGGGAGAAAGACCGAUUGGUACAUCAGCUGAAACAGCAGACACAGAACCGCAUGAAGUUAAUGGCUGAUAACUAUGAGGAUGACCACCUCAAGGCCUCCAAAUCUGACCAGACCAAUCAUAAACCCUCUCCAGAUCAGAUUAUCCCCCCACUCAUAGACCUCAAUCAGAACCGCAGUAAGCUGAAACUGUACAUCAGCCACCUCACGGCCCUCUGCCACGAGAGAGACCCCCACAUCCUGCAGGACCUGGCCCCGCCUUCCGCAUACCAGCGCAGCCAACAGGACGCCUGGGAGGAGGAGCUUCAGAAGAUGAGCCAUGAACAGCUGGAAUCUGAGCUGGAGCAGUGUGAACGAGAGAGCGCCGAACUGCAGGAAUACGCAAACUCCGUCCUGCAGCAGAUCGCCGAUCACUGCCCGGACAUCCUGGAGCAGGUGGUCAACGCUCUGGAGGAGUCGUGCUGACUGGACCUCAGUCCUGCCCCCUCCUCUCUUCCUACUUCUCCUUCCCUUUCUUCUGUUGUUCACUUCAUUUCACAGGACGCCAGAACACAAACUCUCUCACCCUCACCCUCAUGCACAAUUCAAAGGACAGACACAUACGGGAGAGACUGACAGCUCGCAAGUCAAGUGCACGCUUGGAUUGGCUUUGGGGUGUGGGAAUGGUGGGCUUUCCUUCUGCCAUCCCCUACCACCACAUUCAUCCUCUCUGCACCUUCAGAAUCCUGUUUACACUCGCAUAAACACGGGAAAGAAGGAACCGAAAGGAGGAAAUGAGCAACAGAGAAGCUCAGUAUUAUAAGACAUGUUCACUUAUUUAGUCUGUCUCUGAAAAGCGUCCUGCAGGAGGUGGUUCUCUCUGUGAGGGGCAGGAAAUAGUCUCCUUAUCUUGAUAUACACUAUUGCCACUGCUCUUAAAAGCUGCAGGAUUUUGAAACCGUUUUGAAGAAAUUUAGACCCUCCUCUCCCAUUCCCCCUUUUUUUGUAGAUGCUGUGUUACUGACGUUAAAUUAUGGGUCAUUCGCGCAGGGCAAAACUCCUGCACUUUCAAACCAUCUGGUUUCACUCAAAACUUGGUUAAUGCUCCGGUUGUGCCAGCAGACAGUCCGUGAGGACUUAAACAUACUUUUACUAUCGUAGUCAGUAGCGGGUUUAGAUUACUGCAGCCCCCACCAUCUGGGAAUUCACUAUUGACUUGGUUACUGGCCGAUUUUCUCCCAAAGUCUCGUUCAUAAAAGUUAUGAAACGGACAAUAUGGGUAAUGUUAUCCCGUAUGCACCUGUCACCAGCUAAAGAAACCACAGUCCUGGUUUGUGUCUGUUAAAGGUGAGAGGAAGAAAAUUAUUUGCCUUGGAAGUUGUAGGUUUAUUGCUGCUAACAUUUGUCUUUGCAUGUGGCAGGUUUGGUUUGGUUAUGUUUUUCUUUUUUUUCCCGUGGCCGGCUCUCUGAUGCCGAGGGCGGUAAAACAGUGGGUGUAUUGCCGACGCAGAUGUUGUGGACGUAGAAGUGCCUCAUCAUCAGAGAGCAGCUGCCACACAUCACUGGAAUAGGAAAAUAGGCACCUAUCACUCAUUCCAUACUCUGAAAACUAUGUGGUCUCACACUGGGAUGAAGACUGGCAGUAGUUUCUCAGUUUGCUC